CUUUCAAACCCGUUGUCUAUAUCUAUAGAGUUAAUUCAGAAGUUGUGCACUCCUCGUUUUGUCCUUUACGCAGUUUCACUAUAACACCACAAUGGCAAGGCAUAUGAAUCUGCGCGGCUCACUUCGAUGGGUCUUUCUGACCCUGGUACUGCUGCAAAUUGCGUGUGUGCCGUCAGUUGUGGUAGGAGAAGGUGAACCCACUAUGGGAGAAGAGGUUCAGGAACGAAUGGAGGAAGCUAUGGAUACGGCCGGAGGGUAUGUGGAAGAAGCCUACGAAAGUGUUCAAGAAUCAGUAGAAGAAACCAUGGAACCUGUCGUAGAAAAGAUCGACGAAGUUGUCGAAGAAACUAAAGCAAAGGUUGAAGAAGUCGUCCCAAAGAAAGAAACAAAAGCCUCCGAGGCGCUUGAGAAGAUCAAGACCAAGGUGGCGGCAGCCAUCGGUAUUGUGGUCGACAAAUCGAAGGAAGUUGCUGAUCGCGCCAAAUCCAUGAGCAAACAGGACGCGAAAAAGGUCGCUGCUGCGGCUUUGGGAGUUUGGGGUGUUUCCGUUGGUGUCGGAUGGCUAGCCCAAACAGUGGCUAAGGAUGCACCUCCAGCACCGACCGCUGGCAAGAAGGGCCGAAAAUAAGUGACGUAAACGGUUGCUUUUACCAGUAGAAAUUGUGUGUACCAGAGAACCCUGCAACAACUCUGAAUGUGCUAAACUAUAGCCGAUUGACAGUCAAUGAUGAAUUUAGCCAUCUUCUCGAAGUAAUUUACUGUUAGGCGCACUUG